AGGAGCCUCGCGGACCAGUGCGGGACCCGCGGUGCAAGAACCCGAAAGGGCGGGUGGAGGCGGUCUCGGCCCGGAAAAGGGACAGUGGGACGGGGGAGAGCCUGUCAGAGGAAGGGGCCGGCAUUGGACGUGGCGACGCGGUACCCCGGGAAGGCUGCAGCGGUCGCGUGGGUCUGAACCGUCCACGACGCGGGCUGCGUGUUCUGUGCGGCCGCGAGGCUGUACCUUCAGAAAUUUCUGCCUUUUUCCAAGACCAGCAAAAUAUGAAGAAAUCCAAUGGAUCCUUAUCAAUUGAGGAUGUGACUGUGGGCUUCACCCAGGAGGAGUGGCAGCACCUGGACCCUGCUCAGAGGACCCUGUACAGGGACGUGAUGCUGGAGAACUACAGCCACCUCGUCUCAGUGGGAUAUUGCAUCCCUAAACCGGAAGUGAUCUUCAAGUUGGAACGGGGAGAACAGCUCUGGAUAUUAGAGGAAGAGUCCUCAAGCCAGAGCCACCCAGAAGUCUGCAAAGUUGAUAACCAACUGGAACAGAGUCACAAAAUCCAGGACAGACAUUUCUGGCAAGCUCCAUUUCUCAACAACAAAACACUGACUAUAGUGAGAGGUAAUGUAUUAGGAAAUAUGUUUAAUUUUAGCACAGACCUAGUUCCUUCCAUAAAAAUACCCAGUAAAUGUGAUUUAUGUGGUAUGAGUUUGAGACACAUUUCAGAAUUAAUUAUUAAUAAGAAAAAUUAUUUAAGAAAGAAGCCUGAUGACCUCAGUGCAUUUGGGAAAUUGUUCCUUCAUAUUAACCGUGAAAAAACUCAUAUGGGAGAGACACCUUUUGAAUUCAUUCAAAAUCAGAAAUACCUCAGUCAAAAUGAAGACUUCUUUCCAUAUCAGAAAAGUAAAAACGUAGAGCAAUCUUUUGAAUACAAGGAAAGUGGGAAAGAUUUCCAUGAGAAAGCAGUUGUCAUCACCUAUAAACAAGCUCACAUAGGAGAGAGUCCUUGCGAACAUAAGGAAUGUGAUAAAACAUUCUGUAAUUGUUCAACCUACAUGGUCCAUAAGAUAACAGAAAAAAGAGAAAAUCUUUAUGAGUUUAAUGAAUAUGGGAAAACCUUUGAGAAGUCAUGUCUCUUGAAACAUAGAGCUCAUUUGAAGGUGAAAGGUUAUGAUUGUAUUGAAAGAGUGGGUAAUUUCAGCAGGAGAUCAAACUUUCCUGACAGAGGAGAGAGAACAUUUGAAUGUAACAACUUGAGAGAACCUCUCUGGGAGAAGUCAGUUCUUAAUGUAACUCAGAGAACACAUGCACAAGACAAAGUCUAUGAAUGUAAUGAAUGUGGAAAAGCAUUCUGCGAAAAGUCAAAACUCACCAAACAUCAGAGAAUACAUACAGGAGAGAAACCCUUUGAAUGUAAUGCAUGUGGGAAAUGCUUCUCUAGGAAAUCCCUCCUCACUUUACAUCAGAGAGUCCACACAGGAGAGAAACCCUAUAGAUGUAAUGAAUGUGGGAAAUCCUUCUCUAGGAAUUCACACCUCAUAAUACAUCAGAGAACUCACACAGGAGAGAAACCCUAUGAAUGUAAGGAAUGUAGAAAAAGCUUCUACCAUAAGUCUUAUCUCACAGUACACCAGAGAAUUCACACAGGGGAGAAACCCUAUGAAUGUAAUCAAUGUGGGAAAACCUUCAUAAGCAACUCAGUCCUCACAAUACAUCAGAAAAUACACACAGGUGAGAAACCUUUUGAGUGUAAUCAAUGUGGGAAAUUUUUUUCUAGGAAUUCAUACCUUACAAUACAUCAGAGAACUCACACAGGCGAGAAACCCUAUGAGUGUAAGGUAUGUGGCAAAACCUUCUGUCACAAGUCAGAUGUCAAUAAACAUCAGAAAACUCACAUAGGAGGAAAACCCUAUGCAUGUAUUCAAUGUGGGAAAACCUUUAGUCGCAACUCAGGCCUAAAAGUACAUCAGAGAAUUCACACAAAGGAGAAACCCUAUGAAUGUAAUGAGUGUGGGAAAUCUUUCUCUGAGAAAUCAGUCCUCACAGUGCAUCAGAGAAUCCACACAGGAGAAAAACCUUAUAAGUGUAAUGAAUGUGGAAAAACCUUCUACAAUAAAUCAGACCUCACUAAACACCACAGAACUCACACAGGUGAGAAACCAUAUGAAUGUAAGGAGUGUGGGAAAUUCUUCUCUAGAAAUUCAUACCUUACUGUACACCAGAAAAUUCACACAAGGGUGAAACCCUAUGUAUGUAAGAAAUGUGGGAAAAUUUUCUAUUAUAAGUCAGACUAUGCAGUACAUAAGAGAACACACAGAGGGGAGAAAGCUUAUCACUGUAGUCAGUGUGAGAAAACCUUCACUUGCAAUUCAGUCCUCAGAUCACAUCAGAGAACUCACACAGGGGAGAAGCCCUAUGGAUGUAAUGAAUGUGGGAAAGCAUUCUCUGAGAAGUCAGUCCUCACUGUACAUCAGAGAAUACACACAGGGGAAAAGCCUUAUAAGUGUACUGAAUGUGGAAGGUCCUUCUAUCAUAAGUCAGAUCUCACUAAACAUAGGAGAACACACACAGGGGAGAAACCCUAUGAAUGUAAUCAUUGUGGGAAAACCUUCAGUUGCAACUCAGGCCUGAAAGUACAUCAGAGAAGACACACAGGGGGAAACCCUAGGAAUGUAUUGAGUGUGGGAAAAACCUCUAAGAAAUCAGUUCUCACUGCACAUCCAAAAUUACAGGGGAAAGACUCUUACAGCAAUGAGAGAAAUCUUUCUCUAGUGAUUCAUUCACCUCAAAAUACUAUGGAGAAGUCACACAGAACAUGACCCCUAUGAAUGUAAAGAAUGUGACAAAUCUUUUACCAUAAGUCAUAUUCCAAACUAAAUAAGAGAAUACACAUAGGGGAAAAUACUAUGAAUGUGGUGAAUGUUUGAAAAUCUAUUAUAAAUAGGACCACUAAAAAUUACUGAAAACAUGUAGAAGAAACCCUCCUAAUGCAUGUAUGGAAUGUGGGGAAAUAGUUUUAUUAUAGUUAGAGCUUAUUAAAUGAAAAAUUUACAUAGGAGAUAAUCUCUGUGACCCAAAUGGAUGUAGGAAAUUCUUCCUCCAGAAUUUGGCCAUUAAUAACAAUCAGAUAAACCAGAACCUGGGAAAAAUUGUUAACGUCUUGUGUUUUUUGAGACCCUCAUACACAAGUUGUAUUCACUGUAUGUCAGAGAAAUAAUAGAGAAGAUACCCAAAGGAUGCAGCAAAUGUAGUUGAGCCUAUAUCAAGAAAUGCCAUUUUACUGAACAAGACAAUUGAUAUUGAGAUGAAUUCGUAAAGAUGUUUUGAAUGUAACAAAAUUCAGACUUUAUUAUGUCUGAAGAGUGUAUUGAAGGAGGUCUGUCAGUUUAAGAAAUAUGGACAGAAAUUUUCCUUUAGAUAUGAUGUUAUUCUAAAGUUUUGUUUUGCUCUGAUCUCAAAUGUUUCAGUAGAAAUAAAAAAAAUAGACAUAAAAAUGUUAACUGUGGAAUUUGAACCUUCUUUUUAAAAACAAAUAAAUUGAAUAAUUUUCUCAGCCUCUGAUUCCACUUUUGGAGAAACACAUAUCAGCAUGACCCUCCCUAUCAUGAACCAUCACAUGUUUUGGCCUAGUCUGUCCCCCAACUACGCUAUUACCUCUGCAAAUAAUGCCUAAUGGUCUGAUUCAUCCUGGGAUGUACUUCUAGGGGAUCUCAGGAUGGGCCAGCCCCACACCAGAGUAAACACCAGACCAGCCACAGACAGCCUUGAGGCUGCAUCUGCCUCCUCUUCUUAGGUUCAGGAACCGCAAACACCAUUGAAUGUGUGAAUAAAGCUAGAGUAAUGCCUAGAAUAUUCUAGGAUAUAUGAUCUCAAUACUGAGGUCAUAUAUUCAAAUUUACGGGAAGCUCAUCAUAGCUUACUUUCUUGACUCCAAGCCUGUUGACCCAAUUAUAGCCCACCCUUUCAGGGGACAGAAACUUGGUAUUGUUUUGGUGAAAUACUUCAUAUGUGUGUCAAAUUAUGAGCAAUAACAUAACCAUCAGUAUACCUAUUGCAUGUUGGAAGUAAGGUAUUAGAAGAAUAGUUGAAGCAUCUGCAUAACAUCCCCAAACGCAUUCCACGUCCUAUAACCUUUACCACAUUCAAUACUUUACUAAGUUUGGUUUAUAUUGAUCCCGCAUCUCAUUACUUUUACAGUAAUAACAUACAUACAUUAUUGCAUGUGUGUGUGUGCAUAAUUACACUGUUUUGUAAGUAUUUAUAUCAGUGGGGACCUGUGUUCCGCAACUUGCUAUUUUCUUCAAAUGAAUAGUUUUGAUAUAUGUAUGUGUUUAUAUAUUUAGUUCUAGUCAAUUCAUUUUAAUAAAGCAUAUAUGAGUAAGUAUAACGAUAUUGUCUAUUUUCCUGUUAUCAAAGUUUUCAGAUUUUUCAGUUUUACUCUUAAAAUGGUAAUGCUUGAAAGUUUUUUAAAAAUCAGUUCUGAGGUAUUAUUUAAACAUGAUAAAAUAUGCACUAUUUAAGCAGCCAAUUUGAUGAGUUUUAAGAAGAGUAUACCCACAUGUAAUCACUCCUACAAUUAAGAUAGACAACAUACCCAUUAUCCAGAAAGUUUUCUAGCUCCUUUCCAAGUCACUCCUGACACCUCCCUCUCCCUCCUGGCCCCUAGCAACUGAUAAUCUUCUUUCUAUCCCUGGGUUAGAUUAAUUUUUAAAAAUCUCCUUUCAUAUAAAUGGGGUUGUACAAGAUGUUCCCUUUUGUCUUUCUUCUUUCGUUUAGCAUGAUUUUGAGAUUCACCCCUGUUUUAGCAUGUGUCAGUAGCAUUUUUAUUGCUGAGUAGUAUUCCAUUGUAUGCAUAUAUUACAGUUCAUUGAUUCACCUGUUCACAGUUAUUGAUUAUUAUGAAUAUAGCUGCAGUGAAUAUUCAUGUGCAUUUUUGUGUUGACAUGUUUCUAUUCCUUUUGAAUAAAUACUUAGUAAAAUUUCAGGGUUUGUAGGGUUAGUAUGUGUAAUGUCAAACUUUUCUGAAGUGGUUGUUCCAUUUUACAUUUAUGUCAGCAAUGUGUAACAGUUCUGAUUGUUCCACGUUUUUCCAAAUCGAUUGUUCCACAUUUUUCCGAAUACUUGGUAUGGUCCCUUUUGAAUGUAGCCAUUCUAAUGAUUGUAUUUUGCUAUUUCACUGUGGUUUUCAUUAGUAUUUCCCUGAUGGAUAAUGAUGUUAUGCAUCUUUCACUUACUUCUUGGCCAUUCGUGUAUCUUAUUUUGUGAAGCAUCUGUUCAAAUCCUUUGCCACACUUCUUAGUUGGGUUUUUUGUCUUCUUAUUACUGAGUUCUAAGAAUUCUUUAUUAAUUAUGAAUGUUUUCCCCCAGUCUGUGGCUUUUCCAAAGAAGCUUUUCAUUUUGAUAAAGGCCAGCUUAUUUUUUUUCUUAUCAAAGAAAUAUUUGCAGAUCCAAUGAUAUCAAAGAUUUUUUUCACAUUUUCUAAAUGCUUUAACUCUGUGUUUAAGUAUAUGACCUAUUUUGAGUACAUCUUUGUGUGUAGUAUGUGGUAAGGGUUGAGAUUUAUGUUAUUCCACUUGCAUAUUCAAUCAUUUCAAUACCAUUUGUUCAGAAGAUUAUACUUUCCCCAUUGAAUUACUUUGCCACCAUUUUUGAAAUCCAGUUGAUUCUUUGUAUUUGUACGUGUGUGUGGGGGUUACCUAUAGACCCUUUAUUCUGUUCCGCUGACCUAUAUAUCUUCUUUACACUACCUGUAUUCCCUUACAUUUAGUAAGUCUAUGACAUAGUAUAAAUUCUUCAACUUUGUUCUCCUGUUUCAAAAUUGUUUUGCCUAUUCCCAGGCCUGUUCAUUUCCACUUACAUUUUAGAAUGAACUUGUCAAUUUCUAAAAAAAAAAAGAUAAAGGCUGCCUUUAAUAUUGUUUUAGAAUUUCAUUGACUUUGUAAGUCAGUUUGGAGAAAACUGACUUCUUAGUUUUGACACUUCUGAUCCAUGAAUAUAUCUCUCUUUUCAAUUGGAUCUUUAAUUUCUUUCAAUAGUGUUUCAUAGCUGCUGGAGUACGGAAAUUGCACGUUUUAUUAAAUUUCCCUCUAAGUAUAUCUUGGUUUUGAAUGCUAUUAUAAAUAGUAUUGUUUAUUUAAUUGUGAUUUCUUAUUGUGUUUUGUUAGUAAAUAAAAAUACAAUUGAUCCCUGUG